AGUAAUAAAACGAAUACCAAUCUAUACAAAUGUAAUUUAUAUAUCGAAAAGAUGAGUGGUACUCUUAGAUUCUAGAUUCGGAUUAUCAUUAUCGUGUAACGGUGAUAUUACAAAACGAAAUACUGACUAAAAAACGUAAUUAGUUGAAUUUCGAGUCUUAAUGUAGCUGCAUGAUCACAACAAAUACAAAAUGAAAAUAAUUUUGACUGUUUGGAUAGUAUGCAGUUUUGUAGCAGGAAUUUCAUCGGCCAUACCACAAUAUGCAAGUACAAUUAGAUCCCCGUCCUAUCCGCUAGCCGUACGCACACCAUACGCAUCAAUAUGGAUGCCUUAUAAUAAAUUACCUGGACAGUGGCCUUCAUUCUGGACUGGUCAAGCGAAGGGAUGGCUGGGUCUUAUUCGAGUGGAUGGUAAAGCAUACGAAUGGAUGGGUGCAAUAUCUGUUCAAGGUGGAACUCCAGUACGAGAUCAGGCGGAACAAACCUCAGUAACAACAACACCAACACAAACAAUAUUCAGCUUAACUGCAGGUGGAGUUAAUCUCACAGUGACAUUCUUAUCUCCAGUGGAGUACGAAGAUGUGAAGCGUCAAUCAAUUCCACUUUCAUACGUAUUUGUCGGAGUCAAGUCAAACGACGGAGCGAGUCACAGCGUUCAGCUGUAUUGUGACAUCACCGGUGAAUGGGCAGCAGGUGAUCUAAGUCAAACAGUCGAAUGGGCUCUUAAUACUGUAUCGACGGUUAAGGUGUGGUCCACCGAAUUACAAACACAGUAUAAAUUUGGUGAAUACAACGAUCACGCUCAAUGGGGUCAGGCUGUGUUUGCUACUUCAAAUGAUGCGACACAUCGCUCCGGGUCAGAUAAAGAUGUCAGACGAUCUUUCGUUGAAAAUGGAUGGUUAGACAAUUCACAUGAUGAUUCGUACCGUUGUGCCAGUUGCGACUGGCCAACAUUCGCUUUUGCACAUGCUUUAGGGGAAAUAGGUGAUACGGAAAAGGUGGUUCAAUACGUAGUAGGAUACAUUCGAGAAGAUUUAAUUAAUCUUAAGGGUACCGCUCAAAAGGCCUUGUGGACCCAUUACUUUACAAAUGCGGCUGCGAUGAUUUCUUUCUUUUACGACGACGUGACCAAUUCAAGAUCAACAGCGGAUGCACUGGAUACUAGGAUUCUCAAUGAUGCUUACAGGGCUGAGGGUCAGGCUUACGCUGAUGUGCUCUCAUUUUCAUUGAGACAAGCGUAUGGUGCCACCGAAUUCGGUGGGACUCCCUCAUCUCCCUUAUUAUACCUGAAGGAAAUUUCUAGUAACGGAAAUAUGCAGACUGUUGAUGUUAUGUAUCCAGCCAUACCACUUUUCUAUUAUUUGAAUGUUGAUUAUCUGAAAUAUCUUUUGGAACCACUGUUUUACGAAAUGGAAGGUGGAUUUUGGCCACGGGAAUUUUCUAUUCAUGACCUUGGAACUCAUUAUCCUAAUGCUACAGGACAUGAGGAUGGAAUAGAAGAAGAUAUGCCCGUCGAAGAAUCAGCAAACAUGAUUCUAAUGGUAGGCAACAUUGCGUUCAAUCCGAAAGCGAAACUAGACGAGAUCAAAGCUUACGUUACAUCACACUACGAGAUUUUAAGCAGUUGGGCAAACUACCUACAUAAUCACUGUUUAUACCCAAUUGAUCAAUUAACAACCGACGAUUUCAUUGGUGAAACUGAACUGAACUCGGGAUUAGCACUGAAAGGAAUUCUUGCGAUAAAAACUUUUGCAAAACUCGCCUCGCUUAUUGGAGAUGAAGAUGCAUCCUCCAAAUAUACUGAGAUCGCCGAUGAGUUUAUUUUGACUUGGAUCAGUGAGUCUAUGCAUGCAGACGGAACUCAUUUGAAAAUGGAGUAUCAUGUGGACAAUGGCUAUCAGCUUAAAUACAAUGCAUUUCAAGAUAAACUCCUUGCAUUGGAAAUGGUUCCGGAGACGAUUUAUAAAUUGGAAGCUGACUAUUAUCUAACUAAAGAGGAAGCGUAUGGGAUUCCUUUCGUAAGCACUCGGGAUUUUACGAAAAGUGAUUGGGAGAUGUGGACUGCAGCUGCUUUCGGUCAUUCAAACGAAACUCUACGAACUAAUCUCGUUGAAGAUUUGUCAAAGUUCUUGAAAUUUACACCAUUUAGAGAACCAUUUUCAGAUUGGUAUGUCACAGCCACAUCUCUUCACAUCGGAUUUAGAGCUCGACCAGUUGUCGGCGGUCAUUUUGCAAUUUUGGCGCUUAAUGAUACCAUCACUACACCUGAUAAAUCUGCAUCUGUUAUUAUUGGAUAUUCUUUCAUUCAACUAGUAGCAAGCAAUAGUAUACUGUUGCUAUUUGCUUACGUAAAUAAAAUAAUGUUUAAUUUUUGAAAUAAA